AUGUAUCUCAGGACCGGUAUCACGGCGCUUUGCUGCAUGCUCGUUGGUGCAUCAGCACUGACGAUAAAAUCAACAAAGUCCUGGACAAUCGGCACCGAUCUCCAAGGUCCCGAGCGACUCAACGGAGUGAGCUACCAGGAAGAUGCGCUGAUCACCUUUGGCGACCAUCAAUAUGUCACCUUUUACGAGACGACCCCGGCUGGGUAUAACAAUCACUAUGUCAAGGUUGGCCGUCGUCGUGUCAGCCCGUCGGUUGGCGACUGGGAAUACCUGACUCUUACCGAUUACGUCCAAAAAACCAUGGACGGGCAUAAUAUGAUUUCCAUGGGCAUCUCUGGCGACGGUAAAAUUCAUCUCAGCUUUGAUCACCAUGAUGUGCCCUUGAACUACCGCGUGUCCAAGACGUCUAUUGCAAAGGAUGUCCCUUCAAAGUGGAGCGAAGACCUGUUUGGGCCUGUUGUUCACGAGCUUGCGGGAUCUACGGGACCUUAUACACCCUUGACUUAUCCCAGGUUUGAGUCACUGAGUAACGGUGAUAUGCUGAUGGAAUUCCGUAUCGGACAAUCUGGUGCCGGUGAUAGCUACAUUCACCGAUACAGCUCUUCGACUGGAAAGUGGCAGGCUUAUGGAAAAUACAUUGAGGGAGACGAUAACAACGCCUACAUCAAUGGUCUCAACUCCGUCAACGGAAAGCUGUACACCUCCUGGACCGUCCGUGAAACACCGGAUGCAAACACCAAUCACGACGUGUUCUUUGCCUACUCGGAUGAUGAUGGACGAACCUGGUUCAACACCAACGGCACCAAGCUUCCAAAGCCCAUUUCAACGUCCCUGGAUAGCACAAUGAUCUGGGAGAUUCCUCAGAACAGCCGCAUGGUGAAUCAAGAGGGCCAGUUUGUGGAUGCCAAGGGCAGGGUUCAUAUUCUCAUGCGGGACAACCUUAGCGGAGAACACCUCUAUCAGCACUAUCUCAGGGAUACAAACGGCAAGUGGACAAAGAAUGCCAUCAAGGUGAGUGGCAUCAACGGUCCCGAUCUCUUCGACCCCCGUGGAAAGUUCGCAGGAGACAAGUCUGGCGAGCACCUCAUCGCACUCCUCCCUGAUGCAAAGGCAUUGAAGACGGGAAUCUACGCAUCCACGGCAGCGGGAGGGUUCAAGGACUGGAAGUUUCUGGCCGAUAUCCCCAACACCUCCACCGAGCCCUUGUUUGAUAGCACUCGCCUCCGUGACAAGGGCAUCUUGAGCGUGUUUGUGCGCCAGGGUGGUGGUUUUCCCGACAGGAAGCUGCAGGUCUGGGACUUUGAGCUUGCUGGUACACCCUCGGCAUACAUUAACCACAUCAGCGCCGUCUUCCAUACGCUCAAGAACAUGCUGGACCUGGUCCUGGAUAGUGCCGACACGCCAUUCCCAUUCACAGAUGAGCAGGGCAGACUUGUCCGCAUCGGCCAGAGAGAGCGCGUCAUCUGGUAUUUGCUCAAGUGCGCUGAUUCAUACCACGACAACAUGGAGCGCAUGGGGAUUACCAAGUGGUCCCCUCAGAUAUCCGCAGAGGUCAACCUCCCCUCCUGGGUAGAAGAUGAACUCCGCGAGAUCCUCAUCUUUGAGACGAUGAAGACGUUUCUUCAUCAGGAGUUCAACCGCUUUUCCUGGGCUGUGAUCCGUGACCUCUUCGGCCACGACUUUCAGUCGAAGCGCGAUGACGAUUCCGACACUGAGGACAAUGAGCCCGUCAGAUAA